AUGGCAUCCUGGCUCCAGAUCCCUAAGAACUCGCCCUUUUCGCUGGCCAACAUCCCGUUCGGCAUCAUCUCGGCGCAGUCGGCAUCAAAAGUAGCCGCAAUCGCCAUUGGUGAUCAUGCGCUGAACUUGAGCGCGUUCGCCUCGUCAGGGGGCUUUUCACAACUUCCAGCAAUUCAGCAGCAUCUUGCAGUCUUCAGCCAACCGACAUUGAAUGAAUUUGCCGCUCUGGGUCGUCCUGUGCACCGCGAGGUGCGCGAGUACCUGCAGAACGUCUUCCGCGCCGACACACAAUUCCCUCAGAUCUUGAAGGAUAAUGCUUCAUUGCAGAAGUCGGCGCUGCUGCCCCUGUCUCAGGUCACCAAUCAUGUUCCCAUGCAGAUUGGCGACUACACCGAUUUCUAUGCCGGUCUGAACCACGCCUAUAACAUUGGAGUCCUGUUCCGCGGCCCGGACAACGCCCUCCAGCCUAACUACAAGCAUUUGCCUGUUGCGUACCACGGCCGUGCAUCUUCAGUGGUUCCUUCCGGUACACCUCUUCACCGUCCUCAAGGCCAAAUCCUGGCCAACCCAGCCGCCGAUCCUAAAGUCCCUACCUUCUCCCCUUGCAAGAAGCUCGACAUUGAAUUGGAACUUGCAUGCUUCAUCAGCAAGCCCAAUGACCUUGGAAAGCCCGUUCCCAUCGACGAGGCCGAAGACCACAUCUUCGGUCUGGUACUCAUGAACGACUGGUCCGCUCGUGACAUCCAAGCCUGGGAAUACGUUCCCCUGGGCCCCUUCAAUGCCAAGAACUUCGGCACCACUAUCACCCCCUGGGUAGUCCUGAUUGAUGCUCUGGAACCAUUCCGCGCCCCCGGCCUGGAGCCGGGUAACCGCGACUCUCUCCUGCCUUACUUGCGCGAAAAGCGCGCCGAGAACGGGUACGAAAUUCCUCUCGAUGUGGAGGUCACCAACCAAGGUGGUCAGCCUACUGUUAUUUCUAAGAGCAAUGCUCGCAACUUGCUCUAUUCUUUCCCUCAGAUGGUCGCUCAUCACACUAUCACGGGUUGCAACCUGCGUACUGGUGACUUGCUUGGGUCUGGUACCAUUUCCGGUACUGAGGCGAAGACUCAGGGUAGCUUCUUGGAGCAGACUAAUGGUAAGACUCCAUUGAAGUUGGCGGAUGGCUCUGAGCGCAUGUUCCUGGAGGAUGGUGAUACAGUCACUCUCCGUGGAAUGGCGGGCACAGAGGGCAACUAUGUUGGCUUUGGCGACUGUGUCGGCACCAUCUUGCCUGCUGUUUCUCUGCAGUAG